UUUAUUUAAUAUCACUCAUUACAUAUUCUUCGAGUUUUCACAUCAUCAUCAUCAUCAUCAUCAUUCUUAAUUCUUUUCUCUUCCUUUGUUCUUUUUAAAUUUCUUUGCUCACAUUUUUUGUUUUUCUUUUAAUUUGUCUUGUAACCAAAAGAAAGUAAAAAAACAUGGACAUUGAAGUUGAGAACAUCCCACGGAAGCUUGAGGCUAAGUUUGAAGCAAUGGUGGUAUGUUGUAUCCUAGGAGUUGGACAACUUGUGGCAUGGAACACGAUCCUCACCAUUUCCGAUUAUUACUAUCAAGUCUUCCGGAGUAUCAUCCUUCCAGAGUUCUUACUUUGGUUUACCAACCAUUUGUCCUUGGAACUGUAUGCAUCAUGGUUUUCAUGGGGAAAACGAACAAAAAUCGAAAGAGGAUUACAAUCGGCUAUACUAUUUUCUUUAUCGGCACUCUUCUUUUGAUUAUUGUGAGUAAUUUUCUACAUGCAUGUAAUUUUUUCGAAAGACCUUUCUUAGAUAAUUUUUAUACAACAUCAUACUCUUUAUAGUUUCCACCUAUAAUUUUUGUAGUUGGACUUGGUAACCAAAGGAGCAGGAGAUUUGUCUGUGUACAUAGUUUUAUGUUCGAUUGUUGCAUGUUUUGGAAUAGCUAAUGCUCAUGUUGAAGGUGCCAUGGUCGGAGAGCUAUCUUUCAUGUGCCCCGAAUUUAUUCAUGUGUUUUUCUGUUGUUGUAAUAAAUUUGACAAAGCAACAAAAUUUCAUUUAUAAUUUUUAAAACUAAGAUUUAUAAUGUUCUCUUUAGUCAUUCAUCGCCGGUCUUGGCAUAGCAGGGGCUAUAACAUCUGCUUUGAGGCUUGUUACCAAAGCAGUAUUCGAUAGAUCUCCCAACGGUCAUCGAA